AUGACGUCAAACUAUCCUCCCUAUUACAUUCCUAAUGGUGAAAAGCUCUUACCUUGUGAUCCAAACACUUCAGCUUACUCAGCGCCUAGCUACUAUCUCUCCAUUCAGGUGUAUGCGGAAGCUGGAGGGGAAGAGGAUCCAAGGAAGAACAAGAAGAAAGAAAAGAAGGAGAAAAAGGAGAAGACUCAUAAGAAGAAGCCUAAAAAAAGGAUUGAUUUUACCAUUGGUUUCUAUGAUGUAUUUGUUCUUCUUACUUAUUUAAUGAAGUACCAUACCAAGGCUAUAAGGAAGAAGAAAAGACCAUUGACUAAGUGGGAAUGCCCUCCACGGGGUAGGCUGAAAAUUAACAUUGAUGGUGCAUUCCGAUCUGAGAGUGGAACUGGAGGUAUUGGGGUAGUGGUCAGGGAUGAUUUGGGCAUUGGGUUGGUAGUUAUUGCGAGGCCUUUUCUGCAAGCACACUCUGCUAUUAAUAUGGAGGCUGAGGCGUGCAGGGAUGGUCUUCUUCUUGGUAUACACCAAGGUUGGACGAACAUUGACAUUGAGAGCGACUCUGCCCUUCUGAUUGCUGCCCUCAAAAGUAAGGAGGAAAACCUUUCGGAGGUAAGUCGGAUUCUUGAUGAUUGUAGAGAUUAUAUGUCUGCUUUUCAAUAUGUAAGGGCUCGGCAUGCUUACCGUGAAGCAAAUGGUGUGACACAUAGACUUGCCCACCUUGCUAGCUUAUUUUCCAUUAACGAUGUUUGGCUAGAUGAGACUCCUGCUAUUAUUCAGGAUGUACUCUACUAG